UUGAAAAGUGUAGAGUUUUCCAGUGUACUAAAAAAUAUCUAUGCAAAUGCUUUUUAUGGAUGCAGUUCACUAACAAGCAUCGUGUUCCCACAAACAUUAGUCGGUAUCGGUGAGUCUGCGUUCUAUGGAUGCACAAGUCUCGUCAUCAAUUCAAGUCAGAAUUCUAAUUUCAAGUAUGAGAACCAGAUGCUUCUCACUGACCAGAAGACGACGAUCUCCGAAUUCUUUGGUGAUAACUCUAACCUCGAAAUCACAGCACCUCUCGGAACUACGACAAUUGGUUCACGAACAUUCAUGAACAAACAUCUGAAAACUAUCAAAUUCCAAGGCAACACGCUUACUCGUGUUGGUGAUUUGUGUUUUACAUCUUCAACUAUCCAGAGUAUUUCAUUUCCGAUAGUUUGA